UUUGGUUGUGGAUCAAGUCAUUUAACCUUCUGUAUGUGUGUUUCUUCGUCUCCAAAAUGAGGUUAAUAAUUUUGACCUUUUGCUGUGGAGUUUCCUCUGGAGUAAAGAAAAACAUCAAUGCCUGUAAGCAGGCCAGGAUCUGUGGAUGAGAAGUGCAGCGAUGGAAAGAGUUAUUCUAUGAGAGAGGGGAGCAGUGGAUACGCUUGACUACAUGCACUUCCCACGUGCACUGUGCUCCAGUGAAGCUGAACAAGGGUGGUUUCUGGGGUGGGCGGGCGUUCAUGUGCAGGUCUGGAUUGGUAAGCAAUGAUAGAGGCAGUAUUGCUAUUCCAAACACACAUCGACUUACUGACCUGAUCAAUUUGCUUCUUCAUUUAUUUAUUCACAGCUGAAUUCCACUUGCAAUGCAUGUGCCAAGCAUUCUUGCUAGCAGGAGAUGAUUAAUCAACACCUCUUCCUGGAACCUCGUGGGAAUGACUCAGCUGCCCCCUACUCAUCCUGCUUCCCAGAGUUCCACAGUAUCUAACCAGUCCUUACAUGGAUAUUCUCUCUGUGAAAGGCUGGUCGGCCAGUUCCUGCAGACAUAGCCAAGAUGCUGUUACCAGGCCACCAUCUCCCAGGAACAUUUUCUCUUAGACUGAAAGAAUUAAAACAGCGGGAAUUUGCUCGAAAUGUCGCUUCCAAGUCCUGGAAAGAUGAGAAGAAACAGGAAAAGGCGCUGAAACGGCUUCAUCAGCUGGCUGAGUUACGGCAGCAGUCAGAAUGUGUUUCUGGAAGUGGACCAGCAUACAAAGCCCCCAGGGUAGCCAUAGAAAAGCAACUCCAGCAAGGAAUUUUCCCAGUCAAGAAUGGCAGGAAGGUGUCCUGUGUGAAGAGCAGUCUCCUUCUUAAAGGAAAGAAUGUGCCCAGGAGCAUUUCCGACAAACAGAGGUCUACCGUGCCUAACCGACACCAGUUACAGACAGACAGACGAUGUCUGUUUGGAAAUCGGGUGCCACAGACACCUUCAGAUCUCAGCAGCGCAAAUCACAGGACAGGAGUAUCAUUUUCCUUUUCUAAAAAAGUGCACCUAAAAUUAGAAUCUUCAGCAUCAGUUUUCAGUGAGAACACAGAAGAAACCCAGGAUUGUAUCAAGCCACCCAUCUAUAAAGCAAAGCAAACUGUACAGAAAUGCAAGUGCUGCAGGUUUGCAAAUGAGGAUACAACACAGCUCUCAAAGGAAGAAAUCACAAACAUCUCACCAGGCCAUCUGGAAAGGAGCUUCUCUAGAAGCUCUAAAAUUCUGCAGGACAAACGUGAGUCCAUUGAUAAGACUCUGGAAGAUUCCACUGGCAUUGUCCCUCCAUUCUCUACAUCUAACAUUCAUCUUUCAGAUGGAGAAUGUUCUCCUUCCAGCAGAGAAGAGGAAACCAGCAAUGCAUGGAAGAACACUCCAGAAAACCACACUGAUCCUCCACACCCAUCAGAUGCUUCCUCCAGCCCACCCAGCAUUUAUAGGCACAUUGAUGCCAGGAUAUUUGACUGUUUGGAUGAGUUUUCAUCGCUGGAGCCAAGUGACCGAAAGAGUGUCAAGCAUUUCAAUCCCAAAUCCAGAAUGGAGAACAGAGAAAAAUCUUUGGAGGAAACAGAAAGAAUUAGUAAAAAUGUUCAAAAACUUGAACGGGAGGCAUGCCCCCAUGAUGUGACAUCCAAACCACUGCCUUUUCUCCAUGUACAAAGCAAGGAUGGCCACACCACUCUCCAGUGGCCUACAGAACUUCUGUUCUUCACAAAAACAAAACCCUGUAUUUCUUAUGGCUGCAACCCCUUAUAUUUUGAUUUUAAGCAUUCUCGGAACACAAAGGAUGGCCAUGAUCGUGAUCCAGAGGACUUCACAGCAGAAGUGGGUAAGGAGGCCUUGGAAAUGAAAACUAAAGGAGAGCGCCAAGUCUCAGGUUUCAUCAAAGACCGACAAAAAUUGAUCCAAGAAGAUAAUCAGUCUCGGAAACCAAAGAUAAUGAUAGCAAAUCCUGGCUGGGAAAAUUUCCAGAAAGAAUAUAAUUUGGGCUACAAUGAUUCUGAGUCCGGAGAAGGUGAACAUCAUUUUAGUGCAGGUAAUGUGGAACUGAAAAAUCCUGAAGUGCCUACUCCCCUUGAUGUGUCUGUGAGAGACUGCACAGGAAACUAUCCUAGUGACGAUGAAGUCCAGGAACCUCCGAGGACCCCUUGGCAGAGCCUGGGCAAGGUUGUUCUAAAUGAUGCAAAUGAGAGCCUAUCUUUUCCUCCCUACAUCUCCAGGACAAAAAAGCAUAAGCUGAUUUCCUGUAGUUCUCAUUCAGAGUGUGAGGACAGAAAGCCUUUCACCUGGAAUUCAAGCCCUCUGACUACAGGGGGACACAGUGACCAUGGGCAGGGCGUCAGUGUGACUCUGAACAGCAGCCACCUCAGUCUGAACAGCAGUGCUUCUGGAUGUGGAAACCAAAGUUACAUGAGAUGCUCCCCCACGGCGUCGCUGAGCGGGUGUGCUAGCCCUGCAGGUGCAUCCUCGGACAGUGUGUCCGACGUGAGAAGUGCUUGUGCAAGUCACGGGCCCCACGGCGGUGGCAGAGGUACCCUGCUCUGCUUUUGCAGAAGAAACCACAGAUCAGGUGAAAGACACACACGGAAACACAGAAAGCGCAAGGGCCGUUGCUUGUCUGCUGAGAUCUCUACGAGCGCCUGCCUCCAGUCUGAAACAAAGCGAGAUGCAAGCUGCAAAUUGUGGGAAUCGUUUAAAAAGAAGAAGCACGCAAAACACAGGUGUUGUCACUGUAAAGAAAAACAUAGAACUGGCAAAAUGCCACCGUUUUCAGGGCCCAAAUCCCCGAGGAUCAUCCACUGUGGUUUGAGCUCACAAGUUUCCUGUGUUGCAGACAGGGAAGAACUACCUAACUGCCAGGGACCUCAACAGAGCAGAGUGGGCUCUUACUCAAGAGGGGAGAUCCACUGCUUAAAUAGAAGCAGAACUUGGGAGCCUUUGGCCAACACUCACUGUUGUGAUCUGGGAAAAGUCAAGCCCAGGCAGUGUAACUCUGGGAAUGCCCACUGCCUUCUAAGGAGCUAUUCCAUUGGCCCUUCAGAAACUAUGGAGCCAAACAUGACAGAGGGAGACAGGACCCCCCUGACAGCCAAGAGCCUCUUAGAGAGAAUACAAGCCAAGAAGUGUCGGGAGCAGUCAGCUCCUUUGGAGGUCUCUCCUAACAGCUGUAUGAAUGAAUCAGAGGCUCAUUCACAAAUCUCAUGUGCAAUUCAACUCCUACCAUCAGGCUGUUCCAGACCAGCAUUGCCUUUGUCAGAAAAAACACAAUGCAACAGUAAAAGAAGAAAUGAUAAAGGCAGUGCAGUCCAAAGGACUACUGAAAAGGACAAAAUCAAAAGUUUGCAGCCCAAUAAUGUCACUGUUCUAGCAGAUAACGGUUGUGACCAUCUUUCUAAAGGUCUAAUUCACUUAGUAGCUGAGUCUCAGUCACUAAAUGGGAGAAAGAACCCAGCAAUGAAAGGCCAAUCAAAACCCUCAAUUAGUGAAGCCCAACCUUUGAGUCAAAGCUGUGACCCACUGCCCAAUGAUUUCCCUGGUGCUUGUCCAACCAAUAGAUAUACUGGUGUUGGUGAUGCAACAGAGACCAAAGAGGACCAAAUAAAUCUCGACUUACAGGACGUAAGCCUGCAGAUGCAUCAUGGAGAGGGGGCUAUAAACUCUUACCAUGACAGAACUAUGCAGAAGCAUGACAAAGUGGAAGAUGGAUUGGAAGUGUGUCAUAAAUCUCUCUCCCCCCCUCUAAGUCAACAGCCCAUAACGUUUUCUCCCGAAGAAAUAGAUAAAUAUAAGCUCCUCCAGCUGCAAGCCCAACAGCACAUGCAGAAGCAGCUCUUGUCAAAGCAUCUUCGAGUUCUGCCUGCCGCAGCGCCCACUGCCUUCUCCCCGGCCUCAGCUGUGCCAGCAGUUCCAGUUCACCAGCACGCCUCCAUCACCACCAUCCACCACACGUUCCUGCAGCACUUCGCUGUGUCUGCCUCCCUAAGUUCCCACAACAGUCACCUCCCUAUCGCUCACCUGCAUCCUCUGUCACAGCCACAUUUCACUCCUAUUUCGUUUUCAACUCUCACUCCCACCAUUAUCCCUGCACACCCCGCUUUCAUAGCCAGUCAUCCCCUACAUUUAGUCACGGCUGCUCCCUUCCACCCAUCUCACAUAACACUGCAGCCCCUGCCCCCGGCGGCAUUCAUCCCAACCUUGUUUGGCCCCCACCUAAACCCAGCCACGACGUCUAUUAUCCACUUGAAUCCUGUAAUCCAGCCCAUGUUCCAAGGUCAAGAACUUUGCCACCAUUCCUGCUCCAGUCAGAUGCAACAGUUAAAUGGCAUGAAGGAGGCCUUAAAUGUUUCAGCACAUUUGAACUAAUAGGUGUGAAAGCCCCUCUGAUGGAUAAAUGAAGCAAAUUGUCACUACCUACAAAAUGAUAGAUUUAAGGUGAUCUGAUUUUUAUGAGAAUUAAGAUACCUGUGUCAAUUCAAAAUGUGACCAAUAUAUAAAUAUGAACUGAGUUGCCAAUAAUGAAAUAUAAGAUAAUUUUAAGAAUUUCUUUUAACUUGUAAAAAUAUAGGGAGAAAUAAAAUUAUUUUGUAGAAGAGCACAAGGGAAAGUAUUUUGUUUGGGAUGAGUUCUUGUGCAACAUUAUUCAGUGGUAACAGAAAACAUUUAGAACGGCAAUAUUACAAAGAAAAAUAAAAAGAAAUAUAAGACUAUGCUGUAGGUGUUUGUUUAGUGAAUGAAUAUGCAUUUCAUUUUCUCAGCAAAAAUAAAUCAGUUCUUUAAAACAAUUAUUCAGGUUGAAAUUAUCCUCUAAUGAAACAGUCUUUAAGCAGAUUGUACAGAUUCUGUAAAAAAAAAAUUGGUGAACUUCAUUUGACACAAAUCUAUGCCCAGAUAAUUUUGUAAUUGUAAGAAUCAGUAACAUCUAAAAUUAAGAAUGUUUAAUUUUUGUAUAAGAAAACAUGUACAAACUAGCAUUAGUAUUUGUUAAUGCAAAACACAAAAAUAAUAUAUGCAGAAAAAACAUUUUGAAUAUAUUGGUCGAUCUUUCAGGUAUUACGAGGACUAAUAAUCUUACAUUUUUUUUUACCCAGAAAUUUUACUCUGUUCAUCCAAUACAUGUAUAAUCAUAGAUGUGAAGGUUUGGAAAUGUCAAUGUUUUUAAAUGUCCAGAAUCUCCUAAAGCAUUUGGUGUGUUUUAUUCUAGUGUGAUAUUUUAAAAUACAAUGAAUGAUGAAUAAAGCCAUCAUUCAUGUGAUUUUUGCAAAUUAUUUCAAAAUUCAUUGAGAAUGUUUUCUGGCCCAUUGAAUUUGCAUUCUGACGUCUGUAUGAUGGUCCUCCAGGAAGAUUUAUUAUUUUACAUCCUGUCUCUCCUUCUUUCCUUCUCCCCCCAACCCCACCCUUCUUCCCUGCUUGCUUUCCUCCCUCCCUCCCUCCCACCAUCCCUUCUGUCUCUUCUUCUUUCAACAGAAAGAGCUCUUUGGUCCACUGAUUGACUCCCCAAAUGCCUACAACAGCCAAAUCCAAGAGCCUGGAACUCAAUCUGGGUCUCCUUUGUGGGUGGCAAAGACUCAAGUGCUAGACCCAUCACCUGCCGCCUCCCAGGUUACACACAAGCAGGAAGCUGGGAUCUGAAGCAGUGCCAGACGCUUGCCCACACAGGAUGCAGGAAUCCCAAGUGGCAGCUUCACCCCUGUGCCAAACACCACCCCAUGGUAGCUCAUGUGCUUCAACUGGAAACAAGGUGAACUUGCCUAGUAGCGCACUCCCAGUACGCCUGAGACAGAGGAAUCCAUCUGGACAAAGAGGCGCUCAGUCACUGCUGCUGGUCUUGAGGAAGGGGCACCUCCUCGCCUUCAGCUGACAGUGGACAUGGCUGUGUUUACAGGGCCAUUCUCAUCUCCUCAUCCUCAUCGUGGGGUCAGUGUGAUCAUUCGCAUCCCUGAUGAGAGGAUCGAGCUGAAGGGUCAACUAGCUCACAUGUGCUAAAGGGUAGGCGAAGUUCUCUCUGAUGCAGGAUGGACACAGUGAGAGGGGAGGGUGGAGCAGGGUUGAAAGGAGAGGAAGAAAUUUGAAAUUUGAGCAUAAAUAAAAACCAUAAUUUCCAAAGUGUCAUCAUGAACUUGUAGUAUGGGAGUUCUGUGUGGGAUCAGCAGUGACAAAGUCUGUCUUAUUAAAGGGAAUAGUAACAGCAUCUAAAGCAAGAAACUGUACUUCAUGGAAUUCUAUAAAAGUAACCAUAAAGAACCACUGGUGAAUUCUGGGUGAAUCCAAAAGAAAGGGAAUUAAGUGGCUUAUUUAUUAUCAAAAGGGAUGACAAAUGGUCCUGCAGAUUUAAAAAAAAAUGGAGAGUGGUUUGCAAACUUUUCACAAAGCAGAACUAGAGUAAUUCUGGGGACACACUCCUAAUCCUGUUCUGAGAAAGACAGCACACCUACGUAACUUUUACAACUGUCUUGGUGACAGUUUAAUCUCUCAGAAGAUUAGAUCAGGGAACCUGUCCUGGGCACUUAGUGUUGACUAACAAGGACAGAUUGAUCUCAGUAGGUGGCAAGGAAAUGAUGACUCAAUCUCAUGUUAACAGUGAAGAAACUGCUCACUUGAUACACUAUAUUGAGCCAUUUGACAACAGAUUUCAUUAUUUAAAUGAAGAAAGACUUGCACCCGAGGGUGAGAAGUUGUAAGCUUCAUGUCAUCACAUGACAGAAAUGUGAUUAUAAAACUCUCCUCCCCCAAAUCAUGAGCAUAUGCUCAAAAACUGCAUUUUUAUUUUUUUAUUUUACCUUAAGAUAACCAUACUCUGGAAAAAAUGAACAAAAAAUUAAAAAAAAAUUGAAUUCUAAAAUAAGAGCAUUUUUUAAAUUGCCACAGUGAUGAGUUGUAUUUCAGCAUUGUUCCUGUCCAUUCUCAUAGUUAUUUGACAAUUGAUUUUGAAUAUUAAAUUUCUGUUAUGUUCUAUUGCCUGAUAUUGAUGAGGUAGUUCUAUUUCUGGAAUUGUUCAUGGAGGCAAGUUUUUAUAUCUGUCAAACUCUCAAUGCUUAAUUGAAAACUGAAAAUAUGGCAAGAAAGAUGGUUUAGCAUUUACACACAUGUGCAUGCCACACAAAUACCUACCAAUCUAUAUCUUUCUCAGAAAUUACGAACCAAUCCACUAUUCAGGCACUUCACUGGAUACAGGUAUUGAGAACCGAGAAUAUGGGGAAGUUCAUCUUCUUGGUUAGUCUCUGCCAAGUUUAGCAAGACAAAAUACAAUUGGAGUAUUUAAAACUAUUUCAAUGAUAUCUCUAAGUCCACCUUUAGAAAUAUUUUAAAAUGUUGGAAAUUAUUUAAUCCAAUUCCCAGGAUUUCCUUCUUGGGUAGACAUUUCACAGAAUAAUCUCCUGAACUGUGUCACUUACAGAAAGCAGAUUUGACAGUGACUUCUUCUGUUUCUGCCAGGACUUCAUGGAAUCUCUCAACACUAAAUAGAAACAUAUGAAAAGAAAUUAAUCCUAUGAAACUUUCCAAUAAAUGGAAUAUUAAUCAAUACAGUUACUCAGGAGCGUAUCACUGGAUCUGUUUCCUUCAUGCAUAAUGUUCUCACCCAGACCCAGCUCCCAAAGAUGGCAUCAGUGCAGCUUUUACUUUCUGAAUUUUAUAUUAACAUCACAUUGACCCCAAAACAUGCAUUCCAAGCAUUCGAGGCAACAACUGGAGAUGUGGAGAUGCUUCACCCAUUAGGAUGCCCCUUGGUGUCCCUGUGUGAAAGCUGUACGUGACGAACACGUCCGGACGGACUCAGGCUGCGUGCACGGUUCACUGUCCCCUUCUCAGUGAAAUGACAUUGUUGAUCAUCAGCACUUUUGCCCGUCUUUCCUGAAAUGUGCUUCCUGUGUUUUCAGAAAGAUGGGUAGACACGCGGAAGAAAAAUACGUGCAAGUUAGGUCCAGUUUUCCAAAAACACAAUUUGAAGACCCACGUGGUGCAUGUCGGUCUGUGUAGCUAACAGACUAUGGGGCAGCAUUAAUCUCUGGCCUAGCAGAGCUCAGGAGCAGGUUUAGUGUUUAUUCUUUAAGGUAGAUGAGCUCCCGAAUAGCGUGCUCUCGCUGGCGAACAGAAACGCGAUGAAGAAGCAAGUGGGUGACCACUUCCGUGCUGCAGUCAGGAAAAUGGAUGACUCUUCUUUGCAUCCAAGGCUGCAAGCACUUCUAAGAGGAGAGUUCCCCGCUAAAAUAUAAGUUUCCCUGCCCAUCAACCGGAGUCUAGAGGAUUUUCAAAGGUUAUCACUUCAUUCCAGCAAAAAUAGUAUCCAUUGCUCUGUUCAGGUAGGCAUUUGAAGGUGAUUGUUGUAUUUCCUAGGAUUAAGCUCUGUUAACAUGGAAGCGGUGGCUGAGUGGGUUAGGUUUAGAAGAAGCCAGCAUUUAGAGGGAAGCCAAAGGCAGCUUUGCCGAGGAGGGAAUUCUCCCAAUCUGCUUUCUUUAUUCCUUUCUCAAACCCACUCCCUCCUUUCUCAAAUAACACGAGCAAGAAUAUCUCCUCAGAAACACAAAAUUUAGGAAACAUUGGAAGAAUUACAAUAUGUAUGAGUACACAGGUGAGGGUGGCUGUAUCUGUGUUCUUAAUAAAUACAGUCACUAGUUGUAGACCUUGAUCUUUGUUCAAAAUGGUAUUUUUCAAAGCAUAUUCACUUAUUGAAACAAGCACCUUCAAGGAGAAAUUUCUUCCCCAACAGGAUCAAUUGUCAGUUCCUUUGAUAUGUGCAAGAUUAUAAAAUAGCUGAUGGGAUGAAUCGUGUAGCUGUUUACAGCAAAUCCCCACCGUACUCGAUUCCAUUUGAAGUAUUUAAUUUGUAAUUAAGUGCGAUGGUAGUCCAGCAUAUGAUAAGUAAAUCAGUAAUUUCAUUUUGUACAGAGCAUUUUUAAUUGUUAUGUGGCUAAGUAAAUUGCACUAUUGUAUAUGCAAAGCAGCUUUUUUAGGUUAUUCAAUAAAUUACUUGGACUGUAGUUCAAUGCAAUAAUUUUUUUUCAAUAAAAAGCUUAAUGGUAUAGGAGUGUUGGUCACAUAUUUCUAUCAAAAGUACCAAAAUACAAGAACACAAUCAAAUGCCAGAUGGCAUGGGAAUAUUCUGUAUUUUACACUGCUGAAUUAAAAUGCAUUUAACCUUUUAUUUAUUACUGUAUGUAUUUAUAAUCUAUAUUUAAAUGCUGGGGUUUCUUAGACUAUUUCUUAAAAUUUUAGUGUUAUCAAAUAAAGCUGUUUCCUCAAACUGAAAAUAAAUAUAACUUUUAAAAUUC